UGACCGUUGCAAAACAGCAGAUUUUAAAUCAUCAAAUGCAUCAAAUAUUGGUGUGAAUGUUUGGUGCAAUGUUUACGAGUUUAUUGUUCCUUCGAACUAAUCACUAACACUUUUAUACCGCGUAUAUUUAGUUUUAAGUAAUACAUAGAUGAUAUUCCCCUUUCAGCCAGCAUCGCCAUGGAACAAGAGAAAACCGAAGAUUUUGUGAACGUCGCAAUCCGUGUUCGUCCAAAUCCCAGAUUUGAAGAGGAAUGUUUGCAAAUAAUCCCUGGAGAAUAUCCGGCACUGCACAUACCGGAUAGACAACAGACCUUUUCAUUCGAUAACAUAUUCUCCAAAAAUAUUAACCAAUUUGAAAUUUACAAUGCUAUGGUCAAGCCUUUGGUGCUACGACUUGUGGAUGGAUACAAUUCCACUGUUUUUGCUUAUGGCCAGACAGGUACUGGCAAGACAUACACUAUAGGAACUAACAUAGAAAAUUACAACGAAACUGAUGGUGGAUUGAUCAUGAGAGCUUUAAAUGAUUUGAUGGUGUGCACUUAUGUCAAGAAAAAAGUUAAUAUUCAAAUAUCAUUCUAUGAGAUUUAUAAUGAAAAGGUUUAUGACUUGCUCACUAAGGUUCGUAGCAAAGUACCUCUUGCAGUUAAAGGUUUCAAUGUAGUGGGACUGAGCAAGAAUAAAGUGGAUACUUUGAACGAUGCCUUAAUACUGCUCUCACAGGGAUGCAAGAACAGACACACCGGAGAUACAAGACAGAAUUCAAACAGCAGUAGAUCUCAUGCAAUAUUCUCAAUAUUUUGUCAUGUCGUUAGUGGUGAGAAAGAGACUGAAGCAAAACUGAAUCUGGUAGAUUUAGCUGGGUGUGAGAGCAUUAAGAAAACUGGUAACUUUGGAGUACAGUUCCAUGAAGGUAUCAGUAUAAAUAAAGGUCUCUUGAAUAUUGGCCAAGUGAUAAAUGCUCUCUCCACCAAUCAAGAUCACAUUCCAUAUAGACAAUCCAUAAUAACAACAAUAUUAAAAGAUUCUCUGAGCAAGAGCAAUUACAUUACGUUCAUUGCGUGUGUGCGCGCGACAUACGAGGAUAUGCACGAAACCAUGCAGACUUUGGAAUUCGCGCAGAGAGCUAAGAAAGUGAAGAAUAGACCCGAAUUAAAUACCCAAAUAUUGGAACAAAAUAAAUUGAUGAGUGCUGGACCAAGGGGAGGCAGAGUGAUUGGUACACCGAAAUCCUCGUUCAGGAUGCAGUUUAAAACACCCAAUUCGUAUUCUGCUGCUGCGAUCAACAGACCUUUGAGGCCGUUGGCGUCCAGCUCGAUGCACGAGAACGUCUUGCCGCAAUUCUGCACGCCGAUGGGUGAUCAGCAUCCAUUGCAUCUGAGUCCCAUCAUUAUGAGAUGCAUGGACCGUAUGGAGGACAGGAUUCUAGGAAAACUUGAAACCAUUGUUACCAAAUCGAUUCAAGGUGGAAAAGCCGUUGGUCCACAAUUCGAGAAGGAGAACUUGCAGAUGGAGGUCUCCAAGAUGGUGCGAAAUGAAUUGCAGGAAUUGAAAAAAUUGCCGUUUCGCGUCGGCGACGCAGCUGGAGCUAAUAUUGUCGCUGAUUAUUGUCAAUCGAAUGAGAAGUCGAUUGAGAAAGAAGAAACGUACAUGGAUUUCUAUAAUAAUAUCGCAGAUGAAACCGUGAGCAGCACUUCGGCUAUAUUCAAAGUACCUCAGAGCACUGCGCUACCAAAGAAAAAGUUAAAAACCUCGUCGCCCAUCUCGAAACCGACACGAAGAUCAACGAGGCUAAGUAUUCGUGGUGCUCCGGCGCCGCAGCCAAAGAAAACUGCAAGACGUAGCUUAAGACUGGAGAAAAUAAAUAUAUCUGUUGCUACCGGUAGCGACAAAGCUAAUGUUAAAAAUGUCAUGCAAGUUUUGAACACUGGUUCACAAACGGAUUUGCUCAAACUGCAUACGAUUGGUGUUAAAUCUGCACAGAAACUAAUACAAUUCAGGGAGAUCAAAGGGAAAUUUAAGAAACUUUCCGAUCUGGAGGAGUUCCCUUGGAGGGGGACCGGUUACGAAAGGUUUUUGCAAGCAAACUUUUUAAAUUGAAAUGAAUUCACUGCGUUUUAUUCUU